CAGUAGCUCACGUUUACGUACCUUCUGGUGUUAUGUAGGGUGAUGAUUUAUUCUUGUCGCCGAAGAGUUCGGAGUUCUUUUUGAGGAAUUACCUUUAAAAAUGGAUAACAACUUUUCUGGAGAAGACAAUGACAACAUUGACUGGGAUACUGAAGAUGAAUUAGAAAUACAAGAAAUACCGGAUGCAACAUUUUCCUCGUGCACAAAUUUAAGAAAUGUUGGACAUAAUACUGUUAGUGGUCAUGGGGAGGCAAGCUCAUCAUCGGUACCCUGUCAAUCCAAGCUCAUUCAACAAUUUAUUGUGAUGGGAUUUCCUGAAGAAUCUAUUGCAAAAGCGAUAGAGCAAAAUGGAGAGAAUGAAGGUUUGGUGCUAGAUGCUCUUUUGACAUUCAAGCAGGCACUUGAAGAUUCUCCUGAAGAACAGCCUAGUACGAGCGCACAGAUGGAACCCAGCAUUAGUUCUGAUGAUAGCUCUUCUCAAUACAACGAGAACUUUUUGGUUGAUGUUUAUGAAGAUGAUAGUUGGUCCUCGGACUCGGACAAUUGUAUGAAUUCUGCUAAACAGAGUUACUUGAAUGACGACAACAGUUCUUUGUCUGAAAACGAGAAUUCAUUAUUAUUCCUAGCAAAUAUGGGAUACCCCGCGGAGGAGGCUUCCAUAGCGAUGGAGAGAUGUGGUCCAGAAGCAUCGUUUUCGGAGUUGAUAGAUUUCAUGUGUGCUGCUCAAAUGGCAAGAGAAGAAGACGUCUAUCUGCCCGAAGAUGAAAAGCCAAAACUAAAUAGUGGUGGAUACAAGAGGAAGAUGUAUAAUGAACUUCGCGUAAGGAAAAAGCAAAAGGCGAUUACAGAUGAAGAGCCAAUUCAUUUGCCCAGACCUAUGAUUGGAUUCGGGGUUCCUACGGAAUCCUUACCAGCUAUUGUGCAAAGAACUCUGCCAGAGCAAGCUAUUGGCCCCCCUUUUUUCUAUUAUGAAAAUGUUGCUCUAGCUCCAAAGGGUGUGUGGGACACCAUGUCAAGAUUCCUUUACGAUAUUGAGCCUGAGUUUGUUGACUCGAAAUAUUUUUGCGCUACCGCAAGAAAAAGGGGAUAUAUUCAUAAUCUACCAAUUGAAGAUAGAUUUCCUUUACUUCCACUUCCUCCACGUACCAUUCAUGAGGCGUUUCCUCUAACGAAGAAAUGGUGGCCAUCUUGGGAUACACGAACAAAGUUAAAUUGUUUGCAAACAUCUAUUGGGAGUGCAAGGUUAGCUGAUAGAAUCAGGAAAGCUAUGAAAGCGAUGGAGAACUUUGAUGAUGAGCCACCGUUGAUGGUGCAAAAGUAUGUUCUAGACGAAUGUCGGAAGUGGAAUUUGCUGUGGGUUGGUAGAAACAAAGUUUCUCCUUUGGAGACUGAUGAAUUUGAAAUGCUAAUGGGAUUUCCACGGAAUCAUACCCGUGGAGGCGGUAUAAGUAGGACCGAUAGAUACAAGUCGCUUGGUAACGCGUUCCAGGUCGACACAGUGGCAUACCAUUUAUCGGUGUUGAAAGACUUGUAUCCAAAUGGUAUCAAUGUUUUAUCACUAUUUUCUGGAAUUGGCGGUGCUGAAGUUGCUCUAUAUCGUCUCGGUAUUCCAUUGAACAAUGUGGUUUCCGUAGAGAUAGCUGAAGUCAACAGGAAUAUUCUGAGAAGCUGGUGGGAGCAAACAAAUCAAAAGGGGAAUCUUAUAGAUUUCAAUGAUAUACAGCAGCUGAACGGAGACGACUUGGAGCAAAUGAUCGAUUCAUUUGGAGGAUUCGAUUUAGUAAUUGGAGGAAGCCCGUGCAACAACCUUACUGGAAGUAACAGAGUGACUCGAGAUGGACUCGAAGGUAAAGAUUCUUCUCUAUUUUAUGACUAUGUUCGGAUAGUGGACUUGGUCAAAUCCAUAAUGUCUAAUCGUAGAGUGUGACGAAAAUAUGUUUGAGUUUCUGAAGGGGAUGGACUUGGAAGGCAACAAGUAAAAUGUUGUCUUUGAUAUGAUUUUGGUUUGUACAUAUUUUUCG